CUUUAUUGGAGUGAUUGCAAACUUAAAUUUUAGGAACAAGAGAAGAAAAUAAAAAAGGAGGAAACGAAAUUUUGGUGAUUGAAUGCUGUUAAAUUAGGACUUGUAUUAGAGGAAAAAUAAAAGAAUUGAAUGCAAAAAUAGUUUAGAGCCCCACUAAUUUGCAGGUUCCCAUUUCUUUAAUAAUUAACAAUAUAACGCAAGGUGUAAUAAUUUCAGCCGUCGUUCGUCAGCCUGAACAUUUUCCUUCUCCUAAAUUCCUAAUCUUUUGUUCGUUUCCUUCACUCUAAUCUUGUGCGUCCGAAACCCUAAAAUCACAGAAGCAGAGACCAGAUCAGCGUUGGAGAGAGAGACAGAGUUGCCGCGUGGAAUUGUUGUUUCUCUACUUGCGAAUAUAUUCAAAUUUUGGGCACUCCUGAUCAGAAAUGGAGAAUUCAAAUUUAGAAGAUAUGUGCAGCAUGGAGCCACAUGUUGAGGGAACAAUCGAUGAUCCAGCUUCGACAAGCUCAUCCUACAAAAUGUUUGGCCGUCAGGCCAGUGGUCAUCACAUGGUGGGGGGCGUCCAAGCUGCUGACGUCCUAUUGUGGAGACGUUAUCGUGUUUCAUUUGGCUUAGUUGUCGCCACAUUAUCCUGGCUAUUAAUCGAGCGCUCAGGGAUACCAUUUUUAUCUCUUUGUUCAGAUGUGUUGCUGAUUAUAGUUGUUCUAUUAUUUCUCCAGGCAAACUAUGCUGGAUAUAGAAAUAAACAACUUCCGACAUUACCUGAACUAGUUCUAUCAGAAGAGAUGGUGAACAAUGCUGCUGCAUCUUUUCGUGCCAAAGUGAAUUACAUGCUGCUUAUGGCUCAUGAUAUUACUCUCGGCAAAGAUUUCAGACUUUUCUUCAAGGUCGUUAUUGCUCUAUGGCUCUUGUCUGUGAUUGGUAGCUUGAUAUCUUUCGCCACUCUUGCCUAUAUAGGGAUCAUUAUUUCCAUUAUGGUUCCAGCAUUGUACAACAGAUUUGGAGACCGUGUGGACCGGUGUUUUGGGACGAUCCAUCGACAGUUUUCUAAGCAUUAUAAGAUAGUCGAUGAAAGUCUGCAUAGCAGAUUACCUAGGGCUCUCGCCAAGGACAAAGAUCCUUGAUUUUGAUGUGCCACUCAUUUUCUGUGAGCUUUCUCGUGUAAGAAAACAAUAUCAUUUUGGAGCAUUCAUUUAUCUUUUCUCA